UACCCGGACUCCCAUCUGAUCCCAGGCUCUUAGACUUAAAUCAUGCCUAAGUUCAAGCAACGAAGAAGAAAGCUAAAAGCCAAAGCAAAAAGAUUAUUCAAAAAAAGAGAAGCCUCUAACUUUCAGCCCAAGCUAAUCACACCUCCUCCGCCACCACCCUCACCAGAAAGAGUGGUUAUUCCUUCAGCAGAUUCUUCCCUUAUCAGAAGUUGGCUAAGACCAUCCUGGAACUUUAGACUUCCUAAUAUCAAAGAUACUGUAAAACUUUGGACAAAUAGAGUGUGGUCUAUAUACAAUUGGUGCCAGAACUGCAUGGCCCAGAGUUUAGAAGUAUUGAAAGACACCAUCUUUCCGUCCCGUUUCUGCCGCCGAGAACUCCACAGUCUAAAACAACGGUUUUGCAUUUUGGAAAGUGAAUUAUGCAAGCUCCAGGAAACACUGAAGACUGUCUUGGAAAAUUCUUCCUGCCCAAGCUGUGGUCAAACCUGUCACAUAAGUGGUAAACUCAAAAAUGUGCCCGCCCGCGUGCUAAACACCCCUGGAGAAUCUCGAGCGAUACUUCCUCCCACAUUGCCACAGCCAGCCACCCCUACUCCUGCUCUUCUUCCUCCGCCACCCCUGCCCCCUCCACCUCCUCCUCUGCCUCGGCCUCCACCACCCACAGCACCUGUGCUGCUCAGAAAAUCCGAUCGCACUAAAGCCCUGCAGGCUGGGCCAUUAAAAAGAGAUGGACCCAUGCAGAUAACAGUUAAAGAUCUACUGACUGUGAAGUUAAAGAAGACACAAUGUUUUGAUGCAAGGAAGAAGCUUACAACAUCACCAAAGGCACAGAAUCCACUAGUUACUGUCUCUGACCUGCAGCGUGUCACCCUGAAGCCCAACUCCAAAGUACUAUCAACUCGAGUUACAAAUGUCUUGAUUACCCCUGGUAAAAGCCAGAUAGACCUGCGGAAACUACUUAGAAAAGUUGAUGUAGAGAGAAGCCCAGGUGGAACCCCACUUACCAAUAAAGAAAACAUGGACACAGGAACUGGGCUUACUCCAGUAAUGACUCGGGCCUUGAGGAGAAAGUUUCAGAUGGCUCACCCUAGAAGCCCAACUCAAACUCUGCCACUUUCUACAAGCAGCUUUGAUGAACAAAACUGAUGCUAACUC